CUUGUCAGGCUGUUUGCUUACAGAUGCAUUAUAAGCCAAAUUGUGAGCCAUAAUAGUGGCACUGAAUUUCUAAACACAAGAAAUUACUUAGACAAUUGGUUUAGUAUCUGUAUAUGGGCAAUACUCUGUCCUGCAGUAGGCAGCAUGUCAGCUGAAACACCAAUCACACUGAAUAUCAGUGCUCAAGAUCUGCAGGUCCAAACAUUUACAGUAGAGAAGCUACUGGAGCCUCUCAUAAUCCAGGUUACUACACUUGUAAAUUGUCCCCAGAAUCCUUCUAACAGGAAAAAAGGAUGUUCAAAAAGAGCAAGAGUCCUUCUAGCUUCUGUGGAGGAAGCAACUUGGAAUUUAUUAGACAAGGGAGAGAAGAUUGCUCAGGAAGCCACAGUUUUAAAGGAAGAGCUUACUGGGGCACUUGAGGAAGUUCGCAAAGAAAGUGAAGCUCUGAAAGUAUCAGCUGAGAGAUUUGCAGAUGACCCCUGUUAUCUCCCGAAAAGGGAGGCUGUGGUUCAAGCCGCCCGUGCCUUGUUGGCUGCAGUUACCAGACUUCUUAUCCUUGCAGAUAUGAUUGAUGUCAUGUGUCUCUUGCAGCACGUGUCAGCUUUUCAAAAGGCAUUUGAGUCUCUCAAAAAUGUUUCCAACAAAUCUGAUCUCCAAAAAACCUAUCAGAAGCUUGGAAAGGAGCUGGAAAAUCUGGAUUAUUUAGCCUUCAAACGUCAGCAGGACUUAAAAUCUCCAAAUCAGAGGGAUGAAAUUGCAGGCGCCCGGGCCUCAUUGAAGGAGAACUCACCCAUAUUGCAUUCAAUUUGUUCAGCUUGUUUGGAACAUUCUGAUGUUGCUUCCCUCAAAGCCAGCAAGGACACAGUUUGUGAAGAAAUUCAGAAUGCCCUCAAUGUAAUUUCAAAUGCUUCACAAGGCAUCCAGAAUACGAUAGCCCCACCAGAACCUCAAGCAGCAACCCUGGGAAGUGCCCUCGAUGAGCUUGAGAAUUUAAUUGUCUUGGAUCCACUCACAGUGACUGAGGAGGAAAUUAGACCAUCACUAGAGAAACGCCUUGAAGCCAUUAUUAGUGGGGCAGCUCUGUUGGCCGACUCUUCAUGCACAAGGGAUUUCCAUCGGGAGCGGAUUAUUGCAGAAUGCAAUGCCAUUCGCCAGGCUCUCCAGGACCUGCUUUCAGAGUACAUGAACAAUACUGGAAAAAAGGAAAGGAGUAAUACCCUGAAUAUUGCGAUAGACAACAUGUGCAAGAAGACAAGAGACCUUCGCAGACAGCUCCGUAAGGCUAUUAUAGAUCAUGUGUCAGACUCGUUUUUGGAUACAACAGUCCCACUUUUGGUUCUCAUUGAAGCUGCCAAGAAUGGCCGGGAAAAGGAAAUAAAAGAAUAUGCUGCAAUAUUUCGUGAACACACCAGCAGGCUUGUAGAGGUGGCAAAUCUUGCUUGUUCCAUGUCAACAAAUGAAGAUGGGAUUAAAAUUGUCAAAGUCGCAGCCAAUCACCUGGAAACACUGUGUCCACAGAUUAUUAAUGCUGCACUUGCUUUGGCUGCAAAACCCAAAAGUCAAGUGGUCAAGAAAACCAUGGAAAUGUACAAGCGCACAUGGGAGAAUCAUAUCCAUGUCCUCACUGAAGCUGUAGAUGACAUUACAAGCAUUGAUGACUUCCUUGCUGUGUCUGAGAGCCACAUCCUAGAAGAUGUCAACAAAUGUAUCAUAGCCUUGAGAGACCAGGAUGCUGAUAAUUUAGACCGAGCAGCAGGUGCUAUCAGAGGACGGGCAGCAAGAGUUGCUCACAUUGUCACAGGUGAAAUGGACAGUUACGAGCCAGGGGCUUACACAGAAGGUGUGAUGAGAAAUGUUAACUUCCUUACAAGUACUGCAAUUCCUGAAUUUGUAACACAAGUGAAUGUCGCCUUGGAAGCCUUAAGUAAAAGCUCUUUGGAUGUGUUUGAUGAUAAUCAAUUUGUGGACAUCUCCAAGAAGAUCUAUGAUACAAUUCAUGAUAUCAGAUGUUCAGUCAUGAUGAUUCGGACUCCAGAGGAACUAGAGGAUGUUUCUGACCUGGAAGAGGAUCAUGAGGUCCGCAGUUACACCAGUGUUCAGACGGAAGGGAAAACUGAUCGGGCUAAGAUGACUCAGUUGCCUGAGGCAGAAAAGGAAAAGAUUGCUGAGCAAGUUGCUGACUUCAAGAAAGUAAAGAGUAAGCUGGAUGCUGAGAUUGAGAUAUGGGAUGAUACAAGCAACGAUAUCAUUGUUCUGGCCAAGAAGAUGUGCAUGAUCAUGAUGGAGAUGACAGACUUCACAAGGGGCAAAGGACCACUGAAGCAUACAACUGAUGUGAUCUAUGCAGCUAAAAUGAUAUCAGAAUCAGGAUCAAGGAUGGAUGUCCUUGCUCGGCAGAUUGCCAACCAGUGCCCAGAUCCAUCAUGCAAACAGGACUUGUUGGCCUACCUGGAACAGAUUAAGUUCUACUCUCACCAGCUGAAAAUCUGCAGUCAAGUUAAAGCUGAGAUCCAGAGCCUGGGGGGUGAGCUCAUCAUGUCAGCGUUGGACAGUGUUACCUCCCUGAUCCAAGCAGCCAAAAAUUUAAUGAAUGCUGUAGUUCAAACAGUGAAAAUGUCUUACAUUGCCUCAACCAAGAUCAUCCGAAUUCAGAGUCCUGCUGGGCCUCGGCAUCCAGUUGUGAUGUGGAGAAUGAAGGCUCCUGCAAAAAAACCCUUGAUUAAAAGAGAGAAGCCAGAGGAAACUUGUGCAGCUGUCAGACGCGCCUCAGCAAAGAAAAAAAUCCACCCAGUGCAAGUCAUGAGCGAAUUUAGAGGAAGACAUGUCUACUGAAACCCUUCUUCUACUCGAGUGUUUAUAUUACAAAGGCCUGGCUAACCACACUGCUUUGUUCUUUCUUACACUUGACUAGUUCUGUAAGUUCACUAUUUUGGAAUUUAACCCAUAGAUAAUGUAAAACAUUGGAAGCCUGACCAACAUGAGCAACGUAUCUUUGGGAUCAUGUCAUUGUCAUUCUGUAAAGCCAGCACCUAAUAAGUAAUCAAUAUAUGCUUGUUGACUGAAUGAAACAUUAAGGUGCCAUUCAGCCUUCCCCAUCACAGAGAAUCUCUUAUAUCCAUUACUAAAUGAACACAGGAGACUCGAGUGAGCCCUGUUCAUCUGUAACAGCUUAAGAACACUCACCUUUUUCGAUCUGAAUUAAAACACUGACAUGAGCUCUUGGCUUGGUUUUCAGUAGAAACAAAAGAUUCAUAAAAAUACUUUCCCAUUUAAUCUCCAUGCUGUCUUUAUCUGAUCUAACCUGACAGACAUCUGUGACUCCUGCUACGGGGGAAAAAAAAUCAGUCUCUAAGUAUUUGUAACUACUGUCAACUGAUUGGGCUGUAACAUCCCUCCUGAGCAAACCUGAGCAGUCAAGCUCAUUGCUGGAUUUUCAAGGUCUGACUUACUUCUUCAUGAAACUAUUUAUUAACAUUAUAAAGUCAGUAAGUCAAUUUGAUGCCGCAAAUGUGCCUUUUAGGACUCCACUGUGUUCAGCAGUUCUGCAUGUUGAGCUGUAGAUUUAACUGGGUCCACCAGAAUACAUACAUGGAAGAAGAGUUUUCACCCAUUGCUGUAACGGGUAUCUAACUAUAUCCCCGAGUGAGGUAUGAUAACAGAAGUGUAAGGAGUUCUCCACGGCUCUGAAACUCCAUCUGUAUUGGCUUGAGAGUGCAAUUAACAGGAAAAGGCCAGUUUGAAAACCCUUUUGGCAUUGAGUAAAGUAUAACUCAAAAAAAAUGUGUGAAUUGUACCAGUGAACUAUGAAGUAGAGUUAAUGGUAAUGAAGGUAGAGUGAUUUUAAUAACACUUUUUAAAAUAAGUCACAGAGGUCAUUUUAUAACUACACUCAUUGUGCUCACCCCAGUUGAAUUCAUAAUGGACUUCAUAGUAGUUUCAGAGUCUAGAGUAUGGCUUCUUUCUCUCUCUCUCUUUCUGGAGGAGUUAAGUUUCAGUUUCACUUUUGCUCAUGCACAGAGCUCACAGGAUUUUAAAUAUGCGUUUCCUAGUCUACUGUACCAAAAUUAUAUUAUAAUUGUAACUUCACUUUGGAAAACACUGCCAUCAAUGAGUUGUUUUAAUGACCACGUCACCUAGAUAAAAUUCAAGCCUGCAACAUCAGCUGAUGUUAGGAGGACUAGUUUGGGCAAAAGAACAUGUGAAGCAUAAGAAUGCAUAAAGACUGAAGCGUGAUGUGCUUAGUGUCUUGAGCCAAAUGGUAUGGGAAAAGAAUUUACUUAAUAGGUCAUUAUUACUUACGGUGAAUAUGUCAACUUUUAUUGUAGUGUAUUAUACUUUUCUUCCAAAACUCUAGAUUACCUGGGCUCAGCACACACAUUUUCUAGGAGUGAAAGCAACAUACCCUCCCUGUCUUGCAGUGUGCAUCAGCCCACAGUUGUUCUGAGCAGAGUCCAAUCCCUAAAAGAGAAGACAGUACAGAAGGAAUUAGAGAAUGCAGAUAAUUCUGUUUUCCAGAGCCAGCUAACUAAACAGGGAGGCAAAAUCUUCUGUUGAAAUGCUAACAUCACUUUCUGCUCUAAGAGUGGUCACUACAAGAGUGACACCUAUGACACAUCCUUUCCUCAGGUGGAAGUGUGAAUUUGUAGUUUAGUUGAGAAAAAAAAAUUAAUCACCAAAUUACUAGCUGUGUAUCUUAGUUCCUAAAGCCAUAUGCUCAAGAGUCCUAAGACUCAUGAGGAAAUCUAUAAUGUCCUUUUGAUCCUACAUCAGCUUUCCACAGGUUGGAAUUUAGAAUGCAGCACUGGAUGCCAAAAGAACAGAAGUAACUGGAAAUUAUACAAUUAUUAAAAAACCUAUCUUAAAAAAAAAACUUUUUACCCAAAAAUGAGAUGUGAACAAGGCCUCCUCUUUAAAGGAGAUAGAUUUCUAGCUUUGCUCAAACAACUAUAAUUAAAUAAAACUUAGUAUAUUAAAAAAAAAUUAUCUUGAAGAACAGCCGAGAAGUAAAGUCUGCUGCAGCAACCAAAGGUGCAAUAAGAAUAAGAUACAUGGAUCUGAGAAAGACACCUGUCCACCUGACUGAAUUCCUACAGUGGGCAGCAUUUCAGGAUUUAAUUCAGUUCAAACCUGCUAAUAAUAUAAUACUUAUUCACAAGAAAAAUUAGCAAAUAUAUUAACAAAUCUUCUCAUUAUAAAACAUAGUUAAAUGAAAUCAGUAAGUAUGAAGGUAGGAUAUAUAUUUAUAAUUAUCCCUUCUGUAGGGGGCUGACAGAAAUUUAAUGAGGGUGAUUGCUUGGUGUCCCAUCUAUGUACGUCUUGAUAUCACAUCACAGAGAUUGGUGCUUAUUCUAAUGAUACCUUUGCUUUAUCUUGCUCAUCAAAACUCACCUUUUUCUUUUAAUGAAAUUAAUUUAUGUAGAAAAAAAAUCCAUGAAAAGGAGGAGGGGGUUUAUACCACCUACAAGGACAUUUUCAUCCCAGUGAGCUGCCAGCAUCACUGUCAAAUGGCAGACUGAACUCACAGUAACUUACAAAAUAUCCGUGAUAUCAUAAUUCACUAAAGAGUCUUUUAACUAGAAAACCUGGAAGGCUUUCAUCAAAUCGGAAAGGUGAUAAAUAUAAAUCUCUCCCUUUUAUUUAUCCCAAGUGGGAAUUCAUGAAUUAAAACAGUUAUUUCUUUCUAAUGGACUCCAUGUCCGAGUCUGGGGGAAAAAAAUUCAAACAAUGAAAUUUCUAAAGUAAUUUGUUAAUUACUCCCUUUCUGCUUAUGAACGAAUAUUAUGACUGUAUUAGAAAACGUAGUAUUCUUAAAAGUGCCUUUUGGCAUUUGCAAAUCUCUUAAUUUACCAGUAUCCACGUAACAUCUAUGUUCCCCAUAAGGGGCACAUCCCCUCACAACUACACAGAAAGGUCCCCUUCUUCAGUCUGGAAUUCUUGCACACUUUACAGCUUCAAAGGAGGUCAGUUUUCAAGUCAUAUUAAAGCAAGAAAAGUGAAAAUUGUGAACACACUGCCAAGUGCCCAAUUUGGGCCUCAAACCUAAUAAUUAGUGCUCCUCAAAUUUAAUGAGGGGCUGAGUAGACUAACAUCUGACAACAGAGAAAUGAUUUCCAGUGGCUUUCUACACCUUUACAUUCAGGGCAGUCUUUUCCUUUCACCAUCCCUGAGCUCGGUAUCUACCAAUAAUUGCUGACAGUUUUCUACCAGAAUGAUGCAGUCAGACCUGCUCAUCCCAGUCAAUUACCCCCCAGUAACGUCCUUCCCUCAGAGUCCAUGCACCAAAAAUCCUCUCUCCCAUCUCUCAUCCCAUCCUUAGGUGUCUAUCCCACAUGUAAAUUAAUACAUUUUGUAGCAUUCUAGUUAACAUUAUCAAUUUAAGUUCUCAGCAACAUUAUUCCUUACUGUUUUCUAUUCCAAAAAACAUCUCUUUUGGUGUCAAAUGCACACUUGUGUGCUAGAGAUUGUGGUUCCCAUGGAUACAGUUCUGUAGAGAGGCAGAAUGAGGAGAGAGAGAUCUGAGACUUUUCCUAAUGAUAUUUACCGUUCUCUAGUGAACUCAUCGCAGAAUUGCUAGCCUGUUUCAGUAUCUUUGUAAGUAAUUCUUUAGGUCAGCAAAGCAAGCACUGAAAUGUCAGGCUGAGUAAAAUCUGUGCUUUCUUUUGUCAGCCUAUCUUUUGCAUAUUUAGGUGUCAGUCAUUUUUUCUGUGUGGAAAGUCAGAAAUAUUUCUCAGUUUGACUUGAUCAGAAAGUUUAGGGGCAGCCAGUUAGACGGUUGUAAUUUACAUGUUAUUUUAAUAAUUAUUUUUAAAUAAACUAGAAAAAUGGCUGCAACCUGAGAAAUUUAUAUAUGAUUUUCAUUUGUAUGUCACAUACCAGAAAACAACACUUAAUCAGGUAAAAACCCUAUAGCAUUCCUUUGGUCAUAACUCUCUUUCCUUACCAUUAUAAUAUAUUUAAUAUUAGCCUUUUGCAUGCUACUACCAAACAAAUAGCCAGACCUAGUGACAGAAGUGUCUAUCCACCAAGUAGUUUAUAAAGUUUUCACUUUGGUCCUUUGGGUCUAUUAGGAAAGAAAAUAUGGAUAUUAUUAAAACCAGAUGUAUGCAACUAAAGAUGCCCUAAUCAAGGCUGUAACACUAUCUUAGACAUCUAAAAGACAGAAGAAGAAUUACAAUUUUAAAUGCAUUUCUUUGGCUAUUUUAACCAAUUUACACAAAUAAGAAACAUUUUCUAUUAAAGCAAAAGAAAGACUAGUUUAUGACAUUAAUCAUUUUAGACGUGAAUCUUUUCCCCUGUCAAGACAGGUAAGAUCUAUUCUUGAACACUUCAAAAGACAAUGAUUAAUACUAACUGAGAGAACCAUUUCCAAAUGGAACCCAACUUUACCAGAAUCCCAUCGACAGGCAAGGAUGGUCUGCAGAGCUGGCCUUUCUGCAGGUCCUGGGAUGAGACGUCUCAUGGCUGCAGGCUGACUUAAGGCAUCCAACAGUCCCCACUGGUUUAGGGAAACAAACCCAAGGACUGAGUUUCAAAAUGAAUUUAACAAGUUGGAGGGAAAAAAACAGUAAGUACAGAGCAGUUGUAAAAGAAAGUGGGUAAGAAAGUGUCAGAGGUGGAGGAGGGAAUAAGAAAGGUAGUUGCAGAAGCAGGUAACUUUUACCCCAGAGAGGGGACGAGAUUUUGGCUCUAAGAGGAUUAGGCAGCCUCCUCCUGAGGAAGAUUUUAAGGGCUGGAUGGGGCACUUGUCUUUGCCGGUUUGGGUAAAGUCCUGUCAGGGCAGGAGGAUGAACUAUGUAACUUCUAGGAUCAUUUAGUGAUAUUGUUUGCAAGAUGAGAAACAGAAAUUCAGCCAAUUUUUUAGGCUGAUUGAUGGGUGCAAUUCUAACCAGUAUCAAGAGUUAAAUCAGGAUAUUAUAUAUUUAAUAAAUAUCUGUUGAGCAACUUUGACUUUUCAAGCACUGCUGUAGGUUCUCAGGAUACAUCAGGUAACAAAACAGUGAUGCCUGCCCUUCUGUGCCAACUCUGUGUUCAAAGCUAUUACUUUCCUUGAUUUUCUCAAUGACCAUAAGGGAUAAAUAUAAUUAGCUCUAAUCCUUAGAUAAGGAAGCUAAGGAUAUGGAUUUUGCUUGAAAAUUCACUUGCUUUAAAAUUUGAUUGCACUCUAGAGUCAACUUUUAGCCACCACACCAUCCAGAUUUCCUGGAAAAUGGGACUGAAUUUUUCAGUUGAAAAUGGGAUGCACAUUUCAAAUGUUGGCUGGCUUCCUACAUAAGAGCAAAAGAAUCAAAGAAAUAUAAGUCCAUACCUACAUCAUUCAAAGCAGGUACAUACAUAAUUAGCUGAAUAUUAUCACUUCUAAUAACCAAGUGAAAAAUAUCAGAUAGGUGAGGAGUGACUGUUCCAUCUAGGUGACCUAAAAUAAGAUGAGAACCUUUGUCAAAUUACAUUUAUUUUCACAGAAGUGAAAUUGUCAAUAGAGGUGCCUAUUUAAAAUUCAACUUCACCAUCAACUGAAAACCAUCUGUUGACACCAAUUCUUUCCUUUUUUUACUGUUAAUAUGUAUCUGUAUGUUUAAAGUUAAGUUUCCUUGUAUUCCAAACCAACCCAAACCACAGGAAAUGUAUGUUUCCUUCUUUAUGGAGGUAACAAAUGUUUACAAUGUGUGCCUGACUGCAGGUAAAUUUAGUCCUUUAUCUUUAUAUAGUCCUUCCUCCUAGAGACAACUGAAGGCUAGACUCUCCUUUCUCCCCAUGUUGCCACGUAGGCCUCCCUAUCUCAGGCCUGAGGUUGGUAAAUGACUUCCUGAUCUUUCUUAAGGUGGGAGCCACAGGUCUUUCCUUAAACUGGGAAUGUAUUUUGGGGGGGAUCUGUACUUUGGGGUACAUGGUCAUGAUGGUGUCUAUCUCCAACUGUAACAAAAGGAAGCUCUCAAGAGGGAAAUUCUUUUUGAAAAAGGCUGAGAUUUCUAACAGUCAUCUCUAAAAAUCUCUUCAAUGUAGGACAAAUACAACAACCACUUAAACGGUAUUAGCAGAGUGGUCCUGGUAUUUUCAUUUCACAAGGGGUAUUUUCUAGUUCUAAAGUUUUCUUUACUUUGCAUUUUCAAGAAGAAUGUUUAUUUUUUGUUCUGGGUAUUUGGUCUUGAAGGUGUAGCAUCUCUUUAAACAUCUUAAAACCCUCUUUCAAUAAUUACAUCAAUAGUUCAAAGCCUAAAGAUAACUUUUUUUUUUCCUGUUCAGACAGCCAUGUAUCACGCAGUCCCAGGCCAAACUCAACACGUCACAUCAGUUUCCCACUUUUACUCUCUGUGACACGCAGUGAGAGUCUAGCUUAGACUGACAAGUGUCCUUGGUUAGGGCUUCUAACUUCAAACUUGGACUGGCGUGUUUAUUCAUAAAGCAAAGGGGCAAGUCUGUGAUGUUAGUUCAUACUCUCUUGUUAAACAGAACUUUUCUUAAGACUUUAAACAUAAAAUUAAUUUU